AUGGAGAAGAUUGUCCGCACAGUGUAUCGGCAGAUUUACAAGAAAGCCUACAAAGUAGAGAGAGAUAUCGCCAUGCGCUCCGUGUUAACAUGUUCUCCGCAGCGAGUGUACGAUCACCGCCGCGGUGACUGGGUCUCCAUUGAUGUGGCAAAGCAGGCGGGAUGGCCAGAGUCGCGUGUAUUUCUGGACAACUUUAUACGCAGACUGAAUAGUGGGAGGGAAUUCUUUAUCCCAAUGGAAGAAGAGAAUUCUGCAAAGAACAACAACUCCAAAGCCCCCAAGAAGAAUACUCCUACAACUACAACUACAACUACCAGCAGCGGCAGUAGUACUAGUAGUAGGAGUAGUAGCAGUGGUAGUAGUAACAGUGGAGGUAAUAGUGAUAGUGAUGGUGCUAUCAAGCGUGCUGAAAGCAAGAGUAAUACAGAUGUUGGUAGUAAAGGAACUGGAAAUACUUCAAUGCCAUUAGGACUUUUACAGACACUUCGAGAAUCUUUUGAAAGUACACCUUUUACAGUAACUCAACUGAACAGGGCUUUCGCAGUACUUAAAGAACUUGCAUAUGUGACAGAUAUGGCGGAAAAACACUCCAGCAGUGUGGUCCCACCACCUGAAUUGGCUGCAACUAUGCCAAAACCCAAACUAACAGUGGUAAGUAAGGUGGAAGAAAUGCAUCAUCUCUCUCUCACAAAAGGACUAUCAGAUGCAUUGGAACAAGUGGGUAUGGAAGAGAAAGAUAUGGGCAUUUCAACAGGAGAUGUAACAUUGGAAAAAGAAACCAUCGAAGGUGGGGAAGAAUCACAGAGUAGUAGUAGCAGUAAAACUCCUAGUAAGACACCUUUUGAAACUCCUAAAACAGUACAAUUGUUGUUGGCACAUCCUCAAUUAUAUGAUUUCUUUCGCUAUACUGUUAUGAUUGUGGUUCGUGCCACCCCUAAUGAAUCAGCGGCAUUUGUUUUGAACAAACCUUUAGAGAAUGAGGAAGGUAUGUUAAUGCCAGUAAGUGCGACGAUUCGUUUAAAUCAUGUACAUCCUAUUCUGGGUAAACACCUCAGUAAUCACACUGUUAUGAUUGGAGGACCGGUCAGUCGUGGUUCUUUUGACUCCAGUAUAUUACUACUACACCGUAUUCCUGACGUGGAUGAUGCCAUUCCCCUCUCUCGUUCACUUUGGGUGGAUGGAAACUAUGAUGUACUGCAGAAGAAGAUUGAAGAUGGCACAGCUGACCCAAAUGAUAUUAUGGUGAUUUGCGGUUUUAGUGGAUGGGGAGUGCAGCAACUGCCUGGUGAGGUGAACUCUGGCACAUGGAUAGUCGCCCGUGGUAACAGUGAUGAUCCCGCUAUGGAUGAUUUCGUCUUUGCUCUCGCCCGACACGCCGGUACAUUACCACCAACACCCAAAGAAGGAAAAACAACAGGAAUAACAUCAGAAGUCUCAUCAUCAUCAUCAUCAGACACUGCAGGAAUGCAGAGAACGACUGGAAUGCUUGCAGAGGCGAAUCGCAAGCGUACGGCUGCUGCAUGGGCAUGGGCGUACAGUGCGCUUGGUGCGCCAUACUCUGAUCUUGCUCGAAAUCAAAAACCGUUAUUGCAGGACCCACCAGAGAAAUAG